AUGGGCCGGCGACCGCUUCCCAGAGGCCUGGCCCGCGUCGUGUGGAGGCAGGCGGCGGACAUCGUCGCGCGGCUGCUUCGCGCCGACGGCGCGCGCCGAGGCGGCGCGAGCGUCAAAUCGCUCACGCUGAGGGAUGGGAUCGCCGCGAAGAAGGCGACGCACGCGGUCGUGUGCGAGUGCCUGAAGCACGUCCCGCUGCUGCGAGAAGUUCUGGACGACGCGCGCGUGCCGUUGACGGAGGACGCGGAGGAGGACGGCGACGACGAGGAGGAGGAGGAGGAGGAGGAGGAGGAGGAGAGGAGGCGAGCGCGCGGCGGCGGUGCCGACGCGACAUCAUCGCGGGAUGCGGACGCGGACGACGAGCGAACGCGCCGCCGCGGCGUCCCGCGCUCCGCGGCGUACGUCCUGACGUACGAGCUCCUCUUCGGCGCGGGGCUCCCGGAUGACGCGGAGGAGGAGGAGGAGGAGGCGACGAGGAGGAGGCGCCCUCCCGACGUCGUCGCCGACGUCGUCGCCGCGCGCGCGACGCUCAUCGCGGGCUACCGCGACGCGCUGACGCGAUCGUUACGGACGCGGCUGCGACGCGCGAAAGCCUCGUCCGUGGAGGCGUACCUCCGCGCGCUCCCGGGCGGCGACCUCGUUGCGAGCGUGUCGACGCACUCGCGGCACGCGCGCGUGAACGUACUCAAGAUAUCCGUCGCGGACGCGAUGAAGCGGCUGUCGCGGCUUUCGCCGGCGUUGGGCGCGUUCGAAUAUCACGCCGACCCGCACGUCCCGAAUCUCGUCGUCGCCCCCCCCGGCACGGACCUCCACGCGCACGCCAUGGUGAAGCGCGGCGAGCUGAUAUUACAAGGCAAGAGCAGCUGCUUCCCCGCGGUCGCGUUGGGCGCGCGGGCGGGGUGGCACGUCGUCGACGCGUGCGCGGCGCCGGGAAACAAGGUGCGUUCUAUACACUGGUUCCCAUACGACCGCGUCGGCGAGACGACGCACGUCGCCGCCGUCGUCGGCGCCGGCGGGAGAGUCUUCGCGUUCGACGCCGACCGCGCGCGAUUAAGGCGGCUCAAGGCGAACGUCGCGAGCGCGGGCGCGGGCGAGAUCGUCGUGGCGCGGUGCGAGGACUUUCUGAGCGUGGACGUGAACGAUCCCGAGUACGCGGAAGUGCGCGCAGUGCUGCUCGAUCCGUCGUGCAGCGGCAGCGGGACGUCCGGGACGCGCGGGGACUACCUCCUGGCCGCGGCGCGCGGGGACGUCGUCGGUGGCUCGGGUGCUGACGUGGCGGGUGGCUCGGGUGCUGACGUGGCGCCUCCGGACGCGCGCGUCGCGGCGCUCGCGGCGUUUCAGACCAAGGCGCUGCUGCACGCGCUGUCGUUUCCGUCCGCGGAGCGGGUGUCGUACAGCACGUGUUCCGUGCACGCGCUCGAGAAUGAACGCGUCGUGAAAACGGUCGCGCCGAGGGCGUUAGAGCUGGGGUAUACGUUAGAGAAGGCGCUGCCGGCGUGGCACCGCCGCGGGUUAGAGUCGGAGAGCGCCGGAUUAGAGGCGAUCGGCGGCGCGGAGUGUUUAGUGCGCGCGGAUCAGAGAGAGGACGACUGCGAGGGUUUCUUCGUCGCCGUGUUCGCGAGGCCGCCGCCGCCGGGCGCGGCGGAGCGCGCGGCGGCCGCGAAGGCGAAGCGCGAGGCGGAGGCGGAGGCGGCGCGGGAGAAACGCGAAGCGAGAGCGGCGAAGAAGCGCGCGCGGAGCGACGGCAGCGAGGGCGUCGUCGCCGUCGGAGGGAGCGGCGGCGGCGGAGGCGGGAAGAAGAAGAAGAAGAAGAAGGGCGCCAAGUCCAAACCCGGUCGGCUGUUCAAGUGA